UCUCCGACUGACCAGCAGUUUGACAUUUGUCAAACUGAAGAGAUUUUAAAUUACUCGAUAUCGCAGAGAAUUUUCUGCAAAUGUUUCGAAACACUUACCAAAGUGGAUUUUUGUCCAUCUUAUAUAGCUGCGGAUCAUCUCCUUUGAAAUUAUGGGGCAUGCAUGUGAGUGUUUUGCCUGAAAAAUCAUGCAAAAUCAAAAUAAAAAAUAUCAGGGGAAGAUAGAUUUAUAAUUUUUCAAAUGUAGUUAUAGUUUACGAAUAAUAUACAUAUAAUUAACCUGUUUCUAGAUAUAUCGUAUCUUGUAUAUCUAUUUAUUAGGUGAAAAAUGGAUACAUACGAAGGAUCACGGACGAAGAAAUAAAAUCAUUAGCGCUGGAAAUAGCCGGGACUAACGUUGCUACGACCUACAUUUAUUGUCCGGAAGAUCCGAAGAAGGUGCUAGGUAUCAAGCUGCCCUUUCUCAUCAUCAUCAUCAAGAACAUGAAGAAAUAUUUCACGUUCGAGAUAACAGUAAACUUCAUGUGAAUACGUAAUUAAUAAGGCUUUUAAUUUUCUUUUUCAACCAAGACUCUUUCAUUAAAUAUGAGUUUCAAGUCUUUUUUUUAAAUAAAAUGUCCAUUUUCAUUAUUAAAUAAGAUAUUUUAUUAUUCAUCUUAUUCUGUUUCUUGCCUUAAAAAGUGCUUUAAAUCUAUUCUUAAAAUAGAGCUAUUUUUUCUUUUAAAAGAACUUAUUAAAUUCGCUAUUUCGUGUCUCUUUCCUAAGCUUAUUUUCUUAUAACAAAUCUUUCUUUUUGGAUUCUGCAGAUUCUAGUUCUUUGGAUCUUUGACAGUUACUUUCAACAAUAAUAAUGUGUUAAAAAAUAAAUAGAUCCUGGAUGACAAGAAUAUGCACAGGCGGUUUCGCGUGAGUAAUUUUCAAAGCACGACGCGCGUCCGUCCAUUUUGCACGUCGAUGCCCAUCGGGCUGUCAGGCGGAUGGAAUCAGAUUCAAUUUAAUCUAUGCGACUUCACUCGACGAGCUUACGGUACAAAUUACAUCGAGACCAUCAGGAUGCAGAUUCACGCUAAUUGCAGGAUCAGACGAAUUUACUUCGCUGAUAGGCAAGAAUCAUCAUGUCGAUCGAUGAUCCUUUUGAAAUUCUUUUCAAAUAAAUACAUCAAACGAUUGAUUGAACGAGUUAUGUUAUUUAUUUUCUCCUUCAGGCUUUAUUCAGAAGAUAAGAUGCCAGAAGACUUUAAGCUCUUUUUGCCAGUACAUCGCAAGAAAUGCAUCAGAGAAGAGAGAGUGCCUGAGGUGGAGGUACCAUCCGUCUCCGCGGAACCAUCAAUCUAUGAAGCGGAAGUACCAGUGGAAGAAAUACUCGAGCCGCCCAGAAUACCAGAAGAACCUGUAUUAAUUGAAGAAGUGGCGCCCGAAGUGCAUCGAGAAGAGGAAGAAAAGAUAAUUGUGGAAGAAGAAAAAGAAAAAGAAGAGGAAGAAGCGGAAGAAGAAGAGGAGGAAGUGGAAGAAAAAGAAGAGGAAAUGGAAGAAAAAGAGGAGGAAGAAGCAGAGGCUGAAGAAGAGCCCAAGUAUGAAGUAACGUCUGCAAUUGAAGAAGAAAUUGCGAUACUGGACGAAGAGGAAGAAGCCAAGUCUAAAAUUACUCACGAAGACGAGGAAGGUGAGGAAUAAGUGAAAUACGAUUCUGCAAAAUAAAAAUUACAAUAUUACAUGUAUGUUUUCGUAUCUUAUAUAAUUCGGGUUUUGUACAUUAUCAAAUAUUUUUGCACAGGGUUUUAAAUAACAAACUUAUUAAUAUUAAUAUUACAAAAAGAUUACAUUCACAAAUCUAUUGAUAUUAUUGAAUAAAAGGAUACCCGCGAGAAACCAAGAAAUUAUGAGACAUCGUAGUCGUCUUCUUCU